UAAUUUCACUGUUACAUUGCAGCUUUCAAGUUUCAAGAGAAUCUUAUACGUACAAUGAUACAAAUCGAGAACACCUACUUUGAGUUGGGACAAUCGAGUCUGCGUGAUUGUUUGAUUAUCUGUGAUCGUGGCGUCAUGGAUGCCAGUGCUUAUAUCUCGAAAGAAAAAUGGGAGAAAAUGAUGUCAGCGAAUAACUGGAAUCCUAUAGAAUUGCGUGAUAAUCGUUAUCAUCAGAUUUUGCAUUUGGUUUCCGCAGCAAAUGGCGCUGAAGACUUCUACACAACUGAGGUAAUGUAAAUAUCCUUUUUUUUACAUGGAAUAGAUAUUAAUAGGUAAUAGAGUGUGUAAUUAAGUAAAAUUUACCGUGUCAUGCAAUUUUCAUAAUAUCGUGUAGUUAUAUAAUACAAUGUCAUGUGGUUUUGAGAUAAAUUAUUUAAGAAAACCCUCUAUGUAACAUAUUGUGAAAUCAUGAUGAGGCAAGAAAAUUAAAAUUAUUGUAUAUUACAUCUAAAUAAAUUUUGGUUCAUUACACUGCGCGCUCAAACCGAAUUGAUAAAGAUUUUUUUCCUAAAUUGAUCAAAUUUGUCUCAGACAGGUCC